GCUCAACCUUUUAGAGAACUACGGUGCGCGAGCAGCACCGUUAACAACGAAAUUCAGUUUCUUCCUUUUGCUUCGAUGUGAAGAAGUUGUUCUCAUCAUCUAGAAUCGGAAGACAGAUCUCUUCAUUUUUUUUUAAAUACACUUUUGGAGGUAGAGUAGUACGCAUAUUUACUUUUAGAAGCACGCAACCGCUGCUUUUUACAACAUUAAACUUCGUUAACGCUUUGCAGAUUUGUAGAGUGUCAAGAUGUACCAUUCUUCCUCACGGACGCCGCCGCGAAGUGGCGCAAUUUCGAUGCCGCGGGACAUGUCGCAGACGCCGGCGAUCGCUCGUUUAGGAAGCACGGUGAAAACGCCACGCAUUCAAAAAUGUCAAGUCGACCACGCCGAGGACGACGAGCACCCGUUAGAGCACAUGACUGUGUACUUUGAGGAAGAAGACUUGAGGCUGGUCACGACAGGCUUGCUUGGAAAGGGUGGAUUUGGAAAGGUUUUUGAUGCUGUAUCAAACAGCGGGGAGACGUUUGCGCUAAAGGUCUCGUCGAAGCAAAUGAGCGAGAACGACUGGAAGCGGCUGAAGGAGGAGGUAACGCUGAUGAGCCAUUUCUCAAGGCACCCAAACAUCGUUAAGUUUUACGCGGCUGCCAGGGACGAGGAUCGUGCCUACGUCGUAAUGGAGCGCUGCGCGGGAAAGUCGCUCCACGACGUGAUCGCCUAUAGGAACCUGGAUAUUCCGGAGAUUUUGUGGAUAGGGUGGUCGCUGGUGAGCACCAUCUCGUACAUCCACUCAAAAGGUUGCAUUCAUAGGGACUUGAAGCCGCAGAACCUUCUCUUCGACAACGAAGGCAACCUGAAAAUCACAGAUUUUGGUCUCUCUAGUCGCAUCUCGGAAGCGCACCCACGUAAGACUGUCGCAGGCACUGCGAUGUACAUGGCCCCUGAAAUGGCGAACGAGGUGUACAAGCGCAUGACGAAGAACUCUGAGGCGCCGUCGCUUAGUUACGGCAAAGAGGUCGAUACAUGGAGCAUUGGCGUGGUGCUGUACGUCUUAAUGACUCGCAUGAAUCCGUACCUCGAUGCGAUGGAACGGAAAGGUAUGCGUCAACUGGACAAGGAACAGAAGACACUGGCGCUGUUCAACGCGGUCGCCGGUGCUGCGUGGAGCUGGCCGCCAGACUGGAAAGGUGACGCGCCGCUGUGCCGCCUUGUCGAGCGGAUUCUGCACCGCGAAUCUUGCAAGCGCGCAACUCUGAUGGAGGUGUUGGAGGACUCUGUAUGGAAUCGCCGUCCGUUGUCGUGCCCGCUUUCGCUUCUGCAGAAGCUGAACCUACUCGAGCCGUCUCUCUCAAACGGCCAGGCUCUCACCAAUUUGGGUGAGAACAUGCAACUGGGCGCGAAACGCACGGCGGAGGCGGUUGUACGGGAUGGGAUCGGGCGCAUUGAGGCGACGGAGCAGCGCGGUCGGUCGCAGAUUGAGCUGGAAUAUAACGAAACGUACAAUAUCUUGUGGGACCUGCUCACUCUCUCGCGCGCGGAAAGCGACGCCAGGGUGGACAUCGUACAGGCGGAAAGCGUGCAGCGAGGUAAGCUGCGCAAUCAGAUGCUUACCCGUCGCUACACCCGCACGCGUGGUGGGAGUGUGUCACUGGUGUCCGAGGCUCCCGAGCGGACUUCUGCCGCCCCGCGCGUUUCGCGAUCUGCUCGGCGCAGCGUGAGCUUGGCAGAUGAGAUUGCCGGGGGCAACAUCGUGCCCUCCAGUCCAGAUCAGUACGCUGUUGUGUACCCCGGCCGUGACACAGCCACACGGUGGAAUCUGCGCCCCGUUGUGUCGCUUCCUCGCGACAUGACCGACGAAAUCGAGCGUGAAUUCCGAUGCAUGAACGGGCACGUUAUGACCAAGUUGACCUCAAUGCCCCACGGUUACGAGGGGUUUGACUGCAACGUGUGCGACCGCGGAAUUCUGAAGAUCACCGGCGACACGCCCGCCUUCCGCUGCUACAAGUGCGACUACGAUGUUUGCAUGAAGUGCGCCUACUCUGGUAGGUUCAAAGACGUCAACUUCGUUUGUGUGACGUGCGCCAAGAAAUUCACCUCGUCCGCGAAGCUGCAGGCGCAUUCGCUGCGGUGCCGUGGGCCCAGCGAAAGCCCGUCACCGCGCCGCUCCUCGCGCAUGAACACGAUGUUGUGGGAUGAGGCCCAGCGGCCGAGCUUGCUGGACGUGCAGCUGCCCGAAUCGUCAGACAACGAGCCCAGUCCGCGUACCACCGGCCGACGCUCGGGGCGACCCACGUACGGCCGCACUUCCGACGGUGGGCGCAUCACCGUUGGCGAGCAAAACGUGCGCAGUCCGGAGGACUUCGACGCCGCCGUGGCGAAACACGAGGAGGCGAACUUUCCACAAAUUAGCACCCGCCUUUCCGCCUUGGCUCGCGAGUCGACCCAGCAGCGCCGACAUAGUCGAGGCAGCAGCAGCCGGCGUGGCCGCGGCUCCCCCAACGACAGCAUUUCGUUUGAUUUGCCGCCGCAGGUGCAGGUGCCGAGCAAGGAAUCGCGCCAAAAACUGCAGCCGCGCAGCUCCGCCGAACUGCAGGACAUCAUCCAGGAGGUGGAGCAACAGAAGCAGGCGUUGCAGAACGACCCGUUGCUGUCUGCUCCGGCGACACCGCCACGGUACAACGAUAAAGGAGAGAUCAUAGGCAUCGCUGCCAGACGUCGAGCGGAAAGCGUGGAGAUGGCCCGGUUGGAGGUGAUCACGAUUCGCGCAGAGGCGGCGGACCGGCCCCGCGACAUGCAGCGCCAGCCACGGGUACCACGCAGCACCUCAGCAUUGCGUGGCCAGAGUAGUGCGCCAAGCUCCUACAAGCGCGGACGUGAGGCGGGGGCAUCGACGCCCACGCCUCCACCAGCGCCACCGAAGCGUGCUGCGGCGGAAGGGAACCUUGGCGAGAAACCUGCCGGGCUGCCACCGCAGGCGCUCCGCGGUCCCGGGCGGCAGCAGACCCGCGCGCCAUCAGUCAGCGGGCACACCGCCCAAGGCGGUCCACCGCUGCCCCGACGCGGCCCCGCUGCGCCGUCCCCGGCGGCGACGCUGGCGGCGCACAUUAACGCGUUCCAAACGCCCGCCGCCAUCCCGCCAAAGAACUUUGGCACGAUCCGGCAGUCACGGUACUCCAUGACAAACGCGAUGCCGAGCGCCAACAUCGAUGCAGAUCCCGGCAUAGCGAUACCCAGUCUUGCUUCCACCCUUGGCCGCGCAGCACCAGCUCCUACCGCGUCUCGCAGCCACGCCCUGAGUCGGUCGAGUGGCGGCUUCUUGGCGUUGCCUCGCGAGGAGCACAACCGCCAACAAUUCCUCGAUGACUUCCUUAGCGGUGGUUGGGUUCGUUUCUACUCCUUCACCAACGAGGACACCGUAGUGAUGUACUACUCCCUGCAGCCCGGCCGCUACGGGGCUAUGUUCCCCACCGAGGCCGGCGUUGGCACGGCGGUGCUGGACAUGUACUCCAAACUGGUGUUGUACGUGCCCUGCAUGAACAACGAGAGCACCAAUCGCAAUCAGCCGCACCCGCACGUGCAGACCUUCUACGACGAGGAGGCGCGCAUCCUCAGUCUUUCUGAGGCUCAGCGAUACUUAGGCGGCGUGCUGCGCUGCAUCACUGGUUUCGUUGAUGAGUUCACCCGGCUGAGGGCGGAGGGCCUGACACCUGCUGCCGUUCACGCAGCCUACGUGCAUCACCGCAACAUGGCACACGUACCGCGCGACACCAAAUUUGUGUACAUCCGCAAAGUCUUCCCGGACCCUGCAGGCGCGUUCACUCUUUUCCGGCUCUCCAACUUGCGGUCGCAAGUCGUGUGCAACGCCUUGGUGGACAUUCGCUGGCAGAGCGACAGGCGUCACAACGUCGGUCAAAAGUACUACAUCAACUCAGACGGUUCCGCCGAGCCUUUUGUGGUGGAUCAGACGGGCAUUCUUUCGCAGGUGGAAACGGUACUGAACAACAAUUUUAGACGUUAG